CUGUGUUUUGUCUCUAUAAAAUGGUUAUGUCUGAUCUUUAAAACCCCUGCUCAAACCCCGAAAAUGGACAGCAUCCUCACUUCCAUUACAAACCCAUUUUCUACCUUAAACCCACAGUUGCUAUCCAUAAUCUUAGGAGCUUCAUUUGCUGUUUUCAUUUGCUUCAAAUUCAUAUUACUCUCACCACUUUCAGGCAAAAAGCUUCCACCCGGUUCAUUAGGUUACCCGUUCAUUGGGGACUCCAUCAGCUUUGUGAAGUCACAAAAGCAAGAUACGACCCAAGAAUGGAUUCUGAACCGGGUUAAGAAGUAUGGACCGGUGUUUAAAACCUCGAUCUUGGGUUCGAAAAUGGUGAUCAUGACGGGUCAAGUGGGGAACCGGUUCGUGUUCAGUGGUGCUGCUGAUGGUGUCUCGUUUAAUCAACCGACAUCGGUGGUUAAGGUGCUUGGGAAGAACAGCCUUUUUGAGAUGUCGGGGUUUAGACAUAAGCUUAUCAGGGGUGCGAUUGUUAACUUUUUGAAACCGGAAAGCAUUCAACGGUUUGCUUCCAAAAUGGAUUCGCUGGUCCGGCAACAGUUAUUCAAGGAACUUCAAGGCAAGGAUUCAAUAAAAAUCGUGCCACUAAUGAAGAAAAUAACAUUCAACAUCACAUGCAGCAUACUGUUCGGAUUACCCGACGGUGACUUAAAAGACGAACUAUUAAAAGACUUUACACUCACCGUCAAAGGAGUAUGGGCGAUCCCAUUACAUUUCCCGGGCACUGUGUUUCAUACAGCCAUACAAGCACGUCAAAGGCUUUGCCAAAAGCUUUCAACAAUAGUCAGUACAAGAAAAAAACAAGAAGAUGAAGGCAAUGUGGACACUGAAGAUGACAACAUCGUAUCUUGUCUCCUUGCUUUGAGGGAUGAAAAUGGACAACCUUUGUUGGAAGAUGAAAUUAUUGAUAUUUUCCUAUCGUUGAUUAUGGCUAGCCAUGAUACAACUGCCAUUUUGCUUACCCUUUUUGUGAGACAUCUUUCUAGGGAUCCAGAGGUUUCUAGCAAGGUGAUUGAAGAGCAAAAUGAAGUACUGAAAGCCAUGAAAGAAAAUGGUGGAAAGCUGACAUGGAGUGAAAUACAAAUGAUGAAAUAUACAUGGAGAGUAGCUCAAGAACUCAUGAGGGUCAAUCCCCCAAUGCUAGGCAGUUUCAGGCUAGUCACCAAAGACAUCGCUUUUGAUGGCUAUCACAUUCCCAAAGGAUGGCAGAUAUUUUGGGUGGCUCCGGGGACUCACAUGGACAACAACAUAUUCAAAGAUCCGGAGAAGUUUGAUCCAUCGAGAUUCGAGAACUCGUCGAAAGCGUUCCCUCCGUAUACUUACGUACCGUUUGGAGCAGGGCCUCGGGUUUGUGCCGGGAUCGAAUUCGCUAGAGUCGAAACGUUGCUGAUAAUACAUCAUCUUGUAACAAAGUAUAGUUGGACUGAAAUGAUCUCUGAUGAACCUAUAAUUCGGGAACCAAUGCCAUAUCCUGCCAUGGGACUUCCUAUCAAGCUUUACCCCAAAAACUGAUGUAUGAAAAUGAUAGCCUAAGAUUUUUUAUGAUUAACAGAUAAAAAUCACUAUAGUUUGAUUAUUUAUUGUUUUUUCAAUAAGAGUUUUUAAUGGUAGCAA